AUGAAUGCUGAACAACUAGCUCCAUCUCUAACAUCAUUAUAUAACUCAUGCAUCACGCAAGGAAAGUGGCCCAUCGAGUGGAAAAAAGGAGAAUGGGCACCAGUUCACAAGAAAGCAGAUAAAGACGUCCAUGAAAAUUACAGGCCAAUAACAGUUCUCAAUGCAGUUGACAAGGUUUUUGAGAAGGCGCUCAGUGAGCAAGAUACACAUUCAUUUGGCAACAAACUAAGCCCGUGCUUGACAGCAUACAAGAAGCAAAACAGCACAGAAACUUCGCUGCUGAGACUGAUUGAGGAUUGGAAAUUCACCCUGGACAAUAAACAAAUAACAGCCAUCCUCUCAACAGACAUGAGCAAAGCCUUCGAUUCCAUGGUUCCUAGUCUCCUACUAAAAAUGCUUGAAUCCUAUGGCCUGGCCGAAGAUUCUCUGAGAUUAAUAACAUCCUACUUUGAGCAAAGACAGAAUAGGGUCCAACUAGGAAAUAUAAGAAGUGAAUGA